CCAGUAUUAAGCUUAAUUUGACAAGUCCCGAUUGUGCUGAAAAGUUGAUCCCCCCCUGCAAUUCUUCUGUCACGGAAACUCAUUUCCGGCACUAUUUUAUCGGUAGAAGUGGAUACAAUAGACCGACGCAUAUAUAAACAGAGUCGAAGUUCUGCAAUAUACUACGCCAUGAGAAAUGCAGUCGCAAGCAGAUGUUCUGUCUGCGUACUUUUGCUACUACGUCUCUAUAGUGCUUCUAGUGUCGUUCUCGAUAACCAGGAAAAUCUCGUUUAGAAUGCUUGCCAAGACCGUUGCCGUUGCGCUCAUCGCUGCUGCAGUGUCUGCUGCUGUUCCAUCCGGCUAUGAACACGCACCUAACUCAGUUUUCAACUGGUCCCACCCGGUCGACGGAGAUGAUGCACUUGUAGCCAGCUCUCUGACCGUGUUGCAAAGCAUCGACAAUUCCACCGACGUCGAUUCGUGCGAGAAGUGCAAGAGCAGACUCUUGUACGGUAAGGCCAUUGCUAUAUCCAGACCAGACUUGAUCCCAACCAUCUUCGAGCAAUGGUGUCUUAACACUGGUAACUUCUCUGCUACCACAUGCGCCACCAACUACCACAGAAAUACGGCCGACAACUCUACCACAGGGUCUAAUUUUGCAGACUUGUUGACAUUGAUUGAUCCUCUUUCUAUCGACGCAGAAUACUGGUGUGCGUACAAGGCAGGAGGUCAGUGUAAGGCCCCUGAGCUCCCACAGAACCUUUCCAUCGCCCACCUUUGGAACAACACCAAGCCCGACAAGGCCUACAAUGUCUUGACCCCUGGAAGUGACAUCAUGAAAAUCUUGCACAUUUCAGAUUUCCAUAUCGAGCUGGACUACACUGUUGGUGCUGAAGCUAACUGUACCACCUCCAUGUGUUGUACUCCUCACUCAAAGGCUGCCAAGAAUGCUGUCUCUGCAAACCAAACUUCGAUUGAUGACUUGUACACUGCUCUGUUCAAGGGCUCCUACUACGACUUGGACGGUACCUAUCACAAGGGUGAGAAAAUCACUGCCUUGCACAACAUCUCUGUUCCUGCAACCACCUUUGGUAACUACGAAUGUGAUGCGCCUGAAGUUUUGAUUAACUCUUCUCUUCACUCUAUCGCAGAUUUCCAAAUCAGCAACAACAUCUCCUUUGAUUUUGCUAUUUUCACUGGUGAUUUGGUUGAUCAUGAUGAAAUCAAGUACACUUCAUACGAGCAAUGUAUUGAAGCGGAAACCGUCAUUUUCAAUGAUAUCAAGAACGUCUUUGAUUUGAUGCCAAUCUACCCGGUCUUAGGUAACCAUGACACAUUCCCAUACGGCCAGUUGGCCCCACAAAAAUCUGGUUUCCAAUCUAAAUUUGACUGGAAUGCAGACUUGAUGGCUGAUUUGUGGAUGGAUUACGACUGGAUUGACAUUGACGAAGCCCAAGAGGCCAAAACUCAUUAUACCGGAUAUUCUGUCAACACCAAGUCUGGCUUGAAGGUUAUUGCGUUCAACUCUAAUGCAUGGUACCAAAAGAAUGAAUAUGCGUACAUCAACACUGUUGAAGAUCCUGACUAUUUUGGAACUUUUGAAUUCUUAGUCAACGAGUUGUUGGAAUCCGAGGCAAAGGAUCAGAGAGUCUGGAUUAUUUUCCACAUCCCCGUUUCUCAAACAAUGCUCCCACCACAGGCAAAGCUAUUCACUGAAUUGGUUGAAAGAUUUUCUCCUUACACUAUUGCCCACAUCUUUAACGGUCACACCCACAGAGAUGAAUUCCAAAUUCUAUACCAAAACAACAACGGUACCGUUGAAUCGAAGAAAGAAUCCGAGCUUAUUAACUUUACCUGGAUCACUCAAGCUGUUACUCCAUGGGUAGAAAACAACCCAGCUUGGAGAUACUAUGAGAUUGACACAGAAACUUUCCAAGUUAUGGAUGUCCACAACUACUACACUAGGUUGAACGAGACUUUCACAACCGAGGCUGAACCGGUCUGGGAAUACUUGUAUUCUCCAAGAGACGCCUAUCCUGUUGAAUGGCCAAAAACCUCUCCUUUGAAUGCUACCUACUGGCAUAGGGUUUACCAAAGUAUGUUGAGCGAUGUUUCGGUCUUGCAAACGUAUGAGGGUAAUGCCAAAAGAUGGUCCCCAUACACCUCAAAUUGCGAUGCAAAUGGGGUGUGUGAUUGGGAUCUUUGUUACGUUUCUUCAUUUACCGAUGAUGAAUACGAGACUUGUAUCAAACACUACAAAUAUGUGAGUCAAAAUUAGUUACUAGCUAUCUGAGAUAGCAAAUAGUUAUUCCUUUCCGUUCAUGUUCGUUUUGAGAUUUUUUUUCUUGUUGCUGAUAUCCCUGUCCAAUUCUACUUUUUAGACCGUUGAUUU